AUGAUGCCUACGAACGACAGCAACGAUAUCUCAAAGCUGAGUUUCACUGGCGAUUCAUUGUUGAGCGACCUUGAUCUCUCGAAUUUAGAGCAGAUCCAGCCGUUCUGGUUUAUUCCUGCAGAGGGAAAGGAGGAGCCCGCGCAAAGUGUUCCAGACACCACCCUGGACUUAGAUGAAAUGCCCGCCUGGCUGAGCGAGACUUAUUCAUCGCGCAGUUUUCCAGAGGACGAUGUAGCCUCAGAGAUAUCAAAUCCAAGCCCAUCUCCAUCUGAGUGCAGUUCAACGAGCGCAGGAUACUUUUUCAGCACUGAAAUGAGCACUAAAGAAGCUCUGUUUACAGAGAAAGAGCUACGAGAGCUCUCUGUCAAAGAAAUCAACAAUCUUUUGAGAAGCAGAGGGCUUUCGAAGGAAGAAAUCGCUCGGGUAAAACAAAGGCGAAGGACAUUGAAAAACCGAGGCUAUGCCCAGCAUUCAAGGAUGCGAAGAAUCGAGACCAAGAAUAACUUGGAAGUCGAGCGAGACAGUCUUCAAAAAGAGCUAGAAGGCCUAAAACAACAGGUAGCUACAGCUCUCCGCGAGCGAGACUUCUUCAAGAACAAAUAUGUAAAGCUCCUGUCACAUGUAACGAAGCUGCCAGGAAAGGUACUGAAGAUCAAUCCAUUGGAAAAGUGAACUCAGGGACUUAGGAAAACUUGAAUUCAAAUACUUUGGACACGUACAAGUGUUUGCUCCGAAAGCAUUGGGCCAUGAUCGACAACGAGUUUGACUGUUUUCACCGGACAAAUUAAGUUUUCUUAGCAAUAUCUUAGCUUUGAACCCGUGAAUUUAACAUUGAUGUUUGCUUGUUGUUAUCUUAGAGUUUUUUUUAGCCUUCCUUGGCAAUUUAGCUCGAUAGUUAAUGAGAUGGUUUGAAACUACCAAAACGUCGAAGAACGUUUUCGAAUGUUGCGUGACGUAAUGAGUUAUUUUUAUUUAUGAAGUAAGCCGCUGACAUAGGCCAAUCUAAUGUACGGGCGGCUUGUGUACAUAAAUGGUUAUUCUUUCUAGACCAAUACAAAAGAAGGAAGGAAAUCAAAAUCCAAACAAAACAAAAAAUACUGAAAUAACAUUUGAAAAAAAUGUUGGAAAUGUUAUCUAAUUAAAAAAAAAAAAAAAGAUGUAACUAGUUUCAUUGUAUACCCUCCACAAGUUGAUGUGAAUUUUUGGCAAUAUUAAGGGAAGUAUUUUUCCAGUACCUCAGCCAAAGCAACAGUUUUUGUCAAGUAGUGUAUAGUGAAAAAAAAGGAAAAACAUUUUUUGAUAUGUUAUGUAAAUACAUUAACAAAUUGGACAGGCUGCUAUGACAGUCAGACUCUAGUUUUUCAUUACCUGGUAGUGAAGAAACAUUUUCUAAGAUUCUUUGGUGUUUUGUCUAAAGCUGUGUAACAUUUUAUGUUGAAAUAAAAUCCAUGUUGUAACUUAUCCUUUUGACUUUAUGUUAUUGUUAUAACUUAACCCUUCACAUUCUAACAUCAGAAUACAUAUUCUCCAUGCUGUUCUCUGUAUAUUUUUCCUAAGGUGCAUGCAAGGAGAAAUUAUUUAAAAAUCAAGAACUUCUUGAUUUGGUGAUCAAUUUCUUAAUUCUCAUGACCUUAAUGAGAAAUUCUGGGGUGAUAUUGGAAGGAGAAAUCAGAUGCUAGUCACCCUUAGAGGCUAAAAGAUUAACACCUUCAAACCUUCAAAAAUCCAAAUAUAAAUUUCCCACACAUUUUGCUAUUUAUGUAUUACCAACAAUACUUGCUUUAAGAACUUCACUCCAUUUCAACAGCAUCUUAUUAUUGAUAUUUUUCUAUCUCAUUAUCUUUCUCAUUGAAAAAGAGGAUUUAUGUUGUAUGAAAAAAAUUCCCUUUUGAUCACAACUGGAAGCAGAAGUCCUAACAUUCUGAUCUCGGACCCCAUUUCCAAUAAACUAAAAAGUUAUGGAAAUCAUCAGCUCAUUUUUGUGAGUACUGACAACCAAAGAUCUCAAAUUCACAUCACUUUACUCUUUACCACAUAUUUCUUGUGUUAGUGCUGAGAAUUUAGUGGUCAAUCAAACACCAUCUCUGAGAAAAGGAUAAUUCUCAUAGUCUCUGCACAUCUUCCAGCUGUCUGUGACAAUGUAUUUAAAAUGCAAAGAAAAUAGCCUAUAUCGAUACUGUUAUGAGUAAUUGUUUUUGUAAAUAUAAGCUUUUGGAAAUCCCCAGACUGCUUAGUCAUGCUGACAUGCAUAUCAUAGAAUAUUUUACAACAUUUCAUCAAGUCACGCAUUUAUUAUGUAAUACUACUAAAAUAUCUCUUUUGUAAGCUUCUCAAAGGUUCCAGAACACUUUGUGAACACACAUAAAGACUCACUUAUGCGUAGUGGGAGUAGUUGUUGCUGACAGGAGCAACAACUGUUUUGAAAGCUAUACCAAGAGAGAGUUACUGCAGAAGAUUUCUCAUUUCAAGAAACUUUGGAGAUGGCUGUGAGAUUGUGUCAAUGGUGAGCUAGGAUAUAGACUGUGUUGGGCUUAAUUAAGUUUAUCAAUGAUAAGUAUUUUACUGCUUUAAGGAGUUGCUCCUUGUUGAGAACAUUACUCACUGUUUAAUGAAGUAGUUGAGUUUGUGGGGAUGUGGUGUUUUUAUAUUGGUUAGAUUAUACCAUAACAAUACUUGGAUGGUAUUUUGGCUACUCCUAGGAGUUAAAGGAUUAUUGGUUGCUAUGUUUAAAAAUCUUGCUUUUACAGAUGUUUGAUACUUUUUUGAUAUUUUGAUCUUGUAAAAGUUGCCUUUUUGCAUCAGAAUCAAAGUAAACCAUAUUACAUACUAAUGAGCUUUAGGCAAAUCUGUGUUAUUAUAGUCUCUGAAUACUCUCUUUACAAGUUCUCUGUAGCUUAAAAAAUAAGACUAAUUAACAAUCAGAAUGAUAAAGGGUCAAAUUAAACCUCAUCAGAUGCUGGUUUUGCAAUAAAUUUAUUAAAAAUUCAUCACAAACUACCUGUCCUUCCUUACUUUAAUAUUCCAUCAAAUUAUUUUCUUUUACCUAUAAUUUACCACUGACAAUGAUGGGUAAAUCAAAGGAGGGUACUUAAUAUUAAAAACAGGGCACUUAUUAGGGACAGGGUGCUUACUUUUUUCCAGAAACAGCAGAAUGUGCAAAACAGAGCUUUGAUACCUCUUUGAAGAGGAUUGAGAAGACUGGAAAACAGACUUGUUGCCCUGGGAUCCUUCCUCACUAGAACAAUCAAAUUUUAAGGAGGAGAUCAAUCCUUUGAAGGAACUGUGCACUCACAUGGACAUAAUAGUUGCGAGACUAAGACAUGGACCACUGUUUUUAUGAUCAUGAGUCUUACAUAAAAAACCAAAGAAAGAUGAACCACAGUUGACAUCAAUAUACAUGUCUUGUAGCAGUAGUCUACCUCUGAAACAGAAUAGGCUCACUUAUUAGGGGCGCUUAAUGGAAUGAGAGUGCUUACUCAAUAGGCAGGCUUAUUAGAAUAGGGGCACUUAUUCCCAAAAACCAAAUUCAAGAUGGGGGGGUUUAUCAGAUGGGGGGCUUUUAUUGGAAGGAGCAGCACUAAAUUGAAUCAUUAUGGUAUGUGUGACUGUUCAGUCUGAAAACUGAACAAAUUAUAUUCUUAAUCAAAUGAGAUCUGGCUAGGAAUUUUGUAUGAUGAUUGUACUAGCAAGGAUAAAUACGGCCAAACAUGAUGACAAGUUAAUUCAUCUCAGAGGCAUUUCAUUUCUACUUCAGAUCAAAUCAAACUUUCUCCUUAACUAACAUCUUGAUUGUUUACUGUGGGGCUUUUAUAAUUACAAGCUCACGCAAAUUGCCUGACCCUUUGGCCCCUAAGAGUGACCAGCAACUAAUUUCUCUUAACAGCAUUUAACCCCUGAAUCACACAAUUUAAUGAUUAAGGUCAUGAAAAUAAAGGAAAUGAUCACCAACCAAAGAAGUCAUUGAUUGUUAAACAAAUUCUCCUUGUUAGCACCUUAAGAAAUGUAUGGAGAACAGUAAGGAGAACAUGCAUGCUGAUAUUAGGGUGGAAAGGGUUAUAAUUGCAGACAUAACAGAGAUAGGAAUUUUAUUUUAACAAAAAUUAUUUACUGCAGAGUGAAUUUAGUGAUACCUUUGCCACAGACUAUAAACUGAAGUCAUACUCUAGCAAGAUUUGCAAACAAAAGUCAAAAAAUGAUCAGAUGUUUCCAUGAUAUUCAUAAUGAAAAUUAUGCAAAAUAGAAAAAAAGUAAUGUCCAACCACGUGACUACACUAGCAUAUGUGUGCAUAUCUGAUAAAAAUGAUAUGUAAUGAGCAAUUUGCACUCCAAUACAGUAAGUAACAUAUUAAACCUUACUCUAACUUACAAUGUAUACACACCUUGCCUUAGGUUGACUACUGUCAGUUCCAUAUCAUUGCACAUGAAGCCUGCACACCAAAGACAUUGAAGAAAUAAUUUUCAAAAUAUAUAGAGUUCAUAUCAAAAAAUAUUAUGCAGAUAUAUAUAUAUAUAUAUAUAUAUAUAUAUAUAUAGCAAAAUCCCUGCCUGCAGGUGGGCUUAUUAGCAGCCGGGAUAUACAUCUUUAACAGUAAACUCCUAACACCUGGGAGCAGAUAUCCCUAUCAUUUUUUCAGAGGUGAAGGUAGAAUCUGAUGACUUAUGAAUCAUAUCCCUCAAAUAUGAAGGGAUCAUGGUGUAUUAAGAGACUUUACAGUACUGAAGUUCAAAGAAUUUUGUAUUAAGUCAAACCACAUUUCUCUGGAGAGAAUGCAAGUGUAUUUAAUACUGUAAGCAAAAUUAAUCUUUAGUGGCUCCUGGGAAUUAAAUGGUCAAAAAACAUGUCAUAAGUGGUAUGAGAAAAUGUUAAAAUUGUCACUACCCUUUACUACCCCAUGGUAAUGCCGCUUGUGCAUUUCUCUCAAAUUUAGUAUUGCAUGUUACUGUUUUUCAUAGUGGUGUUGUUUGUUUUUCUUAUCCCUCUGCUCUCUUUAGUUUCAACUUACACUUGUUUCCAUCAUCGUAACCUUAAAAAUUCUACCUAGGUCAGGUAUUCAUAUGAAGAAAGCAUGCAAGCCCAUAAACCACCAGCCUGCAAUAUGCCAUCUCAACCAUGGAUAGCUGCCAUGGAUUGCAGACUCCAAGAUAACUUUGCUCAUAAUACAUCAAAUACUUUUCCUUUGGCACAUGCAAUUGGUCUUAAUGCAUCACAUGACCAUUGAUUCCACAACUACAACUAGAGAACAGAUCCAAGGAGAAACCCUAAGUGAUUUUGCCCAAUUUUCAGACCCCAUGUCUACUUAAAUAAUAGGUCAAUCUUCAUUAAAAUUUUAAUUCAAGAAGAGCGAGUGCUUUGAGGUUGUAACAGAAGAAGACUUUUUUUUUGUUUAUAAAGUUGUACCUGCAGAGAACACUACAAAGUGAACGUCCCAUAGAGCAAACAUUAAGCAGUUUGUAAACAUUUUUGCGUAACACGUAUUACAAAAUUUUGGAAGCUAGGACAAUAAACUCAAUGGCAUCCAUUUGAUGCAACAAUAUGCUUGUAUAUUUGUCCUUAGACAUUAUCUGUUCCUCAAGGCUCACAGUAUACCACAAGCAUCCCUCUCAGAAAACCGUUCGCAUCCUGGAACUGGUAAUCCGCAGACAAAUAUCUGUGCAUAUUUUUGCGCCAAAUGGAGGCUAUUGUCGGAUCCCAGUCAGCAAGGCUGCUUUUGGACACUCAGAUGCUUCUAUAUUUAUUCUCAAGGGGUACCACGAUUAUUUCAGAACUCUGACCCCCUCUCCACCAUCCGACCCACAAAGGUGAUCGAUAUGCCUGCAACGUCGCAAUCGACGGCUAUACGAUCGAGGGUCUCACUCAGCAAAUCAACUUUUCCAUGUCAACGGAUUGUGUAUGUAGUCAUUAAAAGACUACAUUUUAGAAUUUUCUCAGAUUCGGUCUUUUCGAAUUAGUAUCUUUUAAAGUUCGCCCCGACGUCGACGUUCGAAAACUACAUCACACAAGAAAUGUAUAUACAAACAUUCUUACUAUUCUUCAAUAACUGCUAACAGGUUGCGGGUGAAAUGGGGACCGGCUAAGGUCGUCCCUAAAUUUGUUGGAGAUAUAACUAUGCAAAAAAUGUAAAAAAUCGAAGUGAAUGAAAGGUUUAUGAACUAUAAUCUUGGAAUUGGCAGGAUAAUUAUGUAAUACAGUUAAACGGGCAUCCAUGCAACCGCUCCGUUUAAACUUUCACACUCCUUUCACUGUGCCAAAAACUAGCGAAAACCUCAGUUAACAUACAGAAGUUUACCUUCUUCAGUCUGUAGGUUUCCAUAAGAGCAGAGAUUGUAGACACUGCAGCAGUACUAAUUCACAGAACAUGACAAAGCUCACCUAUUAGUCUAGCGCAGUCAACUUUCCCCCUGCGUGAUUUCGGCAAUUCCUAUUCACAAUCAAACUAUCGACCGAGAGAGGACCGGGGUAAAAGAAUUAUGAAAAAAAAUCUGGAUAAAUGUGCAAUGAUCAUUGGAAAUCAGUGAGACAAUACAAAACCAAAUUUACCUAUUUAAAUAAACCAAGAGAGAAAAAGAGAGAGAGAGAGAGAGACCGCAUCCCAAGUACCGUAAUUGAAACUCGAAUGAAACUCUUCCGGGCGAGCGCUGUAGCGUCUCAUACGUUUGAAAACCUAUGCUAAAGUGCGUGGUGACGCUGGCGUCUUUCCUCUUUCCUCUGGUUUCACCCCUUCACCUAACCUGUACUGAAGUGAUUUGUUAAUUUAUUAAAAGAAGAAAUGCAAAAAUCUAUCAGUGAAAUAGCUUAGACUGCAAGAGGAUCGACGGAAACCAACGCCUCGAUAGAUGGGUGCAAAGUGACAUCAGAUAAACCAACCCCUCCCCCAAAACCUGGAACAAGAGCUCUAUGUUUACAUUGUAGGUAGUAAUUGCUUUCUGAUUUCUUUUUGUGAAUAGAAUAAGAAAUAUGGUAAAUUUUGAGCUCGUUAAAUAAAUGGAGAAAGAUGUUUUUUAUCUUGCCUCGAGCGUGGGACAAAGAAAAAAUCAAAACUUUAAAAUCAAAGUCCCUAUUUCCGUAGUGAAUUUGCCCACCACUAAGUCUCUGUGGCUCAGUGGUAGAGCAUCGGAGCGCGGAAUCUUAAGGUCUGUGGUUCGAUUCUUCAUGGGGACUGAGAGUUAUUUCUUUAUCCCACGCUCGUGUUAAGACGACAAACACCUUUCUCCAAUUUCUCUUUCCCUUGUUAUCACAGUCUCAAGGUGACCCUAAGCGACCUUUUAAAUAUGCCCGUGGUGUAUACAUCAAGACAAGAGUUAACAGAUCUUAGUAAAAGGAAAAAAAAGUGAUUAUUACAUGGGUAAUAUCAAUUAUUAACAACUUGCUGUAAAAUGAGGUUGUAACAGCGGGAAUGAGGUCAAAUCAGUGCUUGUUGUAUGCUGAACGCAUAAAGGGUAUUCCAAACACAAAAACAAAUUCAAACCACAUGGUUUUUUAAAAGGACGACCAAUACAAUCGCUUGUUUUGUUUAUUGAAUUUUUCUUGUGUGUCAUACAUGAACAGGUGUAGGACUGCGAUUCCAAGCAAAAUCUCUAAAUUUAUCAUAAAUCGCCUUGUUUUGAAGCAAAAAAUCUCGCCUGUCCGUCAACAAAACACGGAAAAAAUAUUUCACUUUAACCUUAAGUGUAAUUAAUUUAUUUUCGAGAUAUGGGAAACAAGCAAGCAGCUUUUACAGAAGAUCAGCUCGAAGACUAUCAGGUUUAUAAAUUCGCAUGUCAUUAUUUCAUUUUAAGCGAUUCCUCGCGGAAUCAUCAUUCCCGAUCUCUUAAUAACCUAUUUUUGUUAUUUUUAUCGUUUAGGACUGUACAUACUUCAAUCGGGCUGAUAUUUUAAGGUAUGUGUUUCAACUGAUUUUAUUUUAAUUUAUAAAUGAUUUGUACAAUCGCACCUUAUGGACUGUUUGCGUUAGAAUUCAAUGUAGGCUCAUACCAUCAUUUGCGAUUAAUACUUUUCAAUCUUCAUUCAGUAUUUUCAGUUGGUAUGGUCACUUGUGAUGUGGGGAAGGCAGAGCGCAUUAUAAUUUCAAAUGAUCAGUGAGAAAGCCAUAUUUCUAUCAUCACAUUAAUUAAGAAAAUUUAGCAAACAUUUUCCAGUUCUCUCAUUCGGCAUCUUCACUGGUCUCUUCACCUAAAAUUAACCAUUGUUGUUCUUUUUCGGAUUGUGUUUAUCCUCGCAAACUCAGUUUCAGUUAUAAAUGAACGUGGAUCACUGCAGCUCUGUUGUUGAAUCGCAGCCAUGUAGUUUUCAAGGCUAGUCGUAUCAGGAGAGCUGACUCUCUUUCAUUCGAAUGUAUAAAAAUCACUUGAGAUAGAGAAAAGUUCGGAUGUAUUUGUUGUUCGUGUUGUUCCUGUUGUUGUCGUGGUCGAGUGUUGUUACAAUUCUCUUAUAAUUGUAAUUCUCUUAAUUUAAAAAUCACGAGUUCAUUCAUUAUCAGGAUUCACCGGCGAUAUCGAGAUUUAAAUACAGACCUUAUACCUGAAGAUUUUACAGAACUUGAUGUUCAGCCAAAACUGAAAUACAAAUUUCUCCAGCAACUACCAGAACUCAAGGUGAGCCAACAAGUAACAAUGAAUUACCCGGCGGGGGAAGGGAAGGAGGUCUCAAAUUGCAAAUGUUUUUCAAGCCACUAGUUCAGUUUUUAUUAUUAUUUAAUUUUUUUUUUGAGAGCCGUUAUUUUUAGUACUCUAAUUUAGAUAUGAUGAAUUACAAACAAAGUACACAGAACUGGUUUAAACUGCAUCUGCACGUGCGCGAACGUUAGAAAAUCUGAAAGGCGGCCAAAAUAGAGGCCCAAAAUCGUGCUUUCGGGUUGUAAAAUCCAAGUUGUCUUAGCUAACCAAUAAACUUUGGAUAAACUUUGCGUUCAAAUUUCUUGAGUAUCCCUUUUUUUUGUCGAAGGUUCCUUUAAAAUUUUAUUUGGCGCGUGGCUGGCCAAAGUUGAAUCAAUUUCCCAACGUUUGACUUACUGACCAAAGUUCUCCAUGUCAAUCAUGAAUGCUCCUGAGCUAAAUUUGGUAUGUUAAUUUUUCAAGAUUCCAGAUAUUAUAUUAAUAUUUCUUUCAAAUAAUAGGAGAAUCCCUUCAGGCGACGAAUCUGUGAAGUGUUUUCCCCUAGUGGAGAUGGCAGCCUGACAUUCGACGAUUUCUUAAACAUGAUGUCAGUGCUCAGUGAAUCUGUAAGUUUCUUUUUAGACGUACCUAUUUUGGAGUACUAUUACAGCUUAGUACCAUUAUGACGGUAACAUAAACGCGUACGGCUGUUGAUAAUUGGAAUAAGGAAAGCGAAGGUGCAGCAAACCUCAGUGGAAUGUUCCUUAAAAGCGAUCGUUUCGAGACAUUGAAAAGAAAUUGUUUGGACCAGGCGAAUUUGAACACAGAAAUGAUUUUUUGAUUGUCGCGAUGAGACGUCACCUCUACAAUUUGAUUAGUCGAACAGGGUCGAGUUUCUCACAGCAUUAUUGAAGAGUCUAUUAACACUAACCCAGAUUCUACAUCCAUAGCAACAAAUGAAUAUGAAAGCCAGUCAAAUCAAGAUCUAAAUGUUUAUAUGAUCAAUUUUUCUCCUUUGGAGCAGAGGCACGAUGCACUAAACUUUUUCCUUUUUUUCGGUUUUCACAGGCUCCUAUAGAGCUCAAAGCAAAGUAUGCAUUCAGGAUAUUUGGUAAAGAUCUUCUCUUUAAUCAACUACGUUUCUAAAUUUUACCCUUCAUAGCUAUUUUCAUUUGAAUGUGUUAGUCAUAACCGGGCUGUAACACUUUCUCUCUUUCAUUCUAUGGGUUUUUCGUUUCCCAGAAGUGCAUAAUCCUUUUUCCUCAUUCACUUCCUUUCUUUCUUUUUCUCGAGAUUUUGACCAAGAUGAUUACCUGGGCAAGGAAGAUCUCAAACAAACCUUGAGAGCUAUCACAGCAAAGGAACUUACUGAUGAAGAGAUGGAGUUUGUUUCAGAUGAGGUAUUAUAUUCAAAAUUUCACGCAUUACUUGCUAACUUUAAAUCCAUAAAUCAAUUCAUCUCUCUUCCUACAAAUGUUCUUCGCCCAAAACGACGAAUGAAGUGUUUUCAGUCAAAGCCUUCGUUUGCCAAUCUUUAGUUUUGUUUUGUUUUUUCAAUGAAUUUAUGUUGGGCAGGCGCAUGCGAUUACAGUGACGACGGCCAAAAAAUAAUAUUUAUCUCAUGUUUAUUCUUCCUUCAAGUUACUAAAAGAGGCCGAUAUUGAUGAGGAUGGAUUCUUAUCUUAUUCAGAGUUCGAAAACGUCAUCGCAAGAUCACCCGAGUUCAUGAAGUAAGUCAAAGCGCUGUUUCAUUGUGCUAGUCCCUUCCAAAGCGCAAAUAUUAAAGCGCACGGCAGCCAACGAAAAGCAAUCAUGCCGAAGAUUUCAAUUCUAUCACGCCAUUAGCAUCACUCAACAUCUUACUUUUCUUUUAUUCUUGCAGUAAUUUCCACAUCCACAUAUAAAAUUAAUUGCCAAAAUCAUUUUAUAAAGUGGAGCCAAGAUACCCUGCGAGCAAUACGUGCUGUUUAGAUAACAAACAUUGAUGGAAAUUGUUGGAACAAAUUAAAAAAACUUACUAAUUAACUUGUAUAAUUAACACUAGCUUUUCCAUCACUCGGGUAAUUGCAGUGAAGGACUUGCAUUUGUUUUAUGAGCCAUGGUAAACUGUUGUUUAUUUAAAGCUUUGCCCAGUGUCUUUAAAGUUAUGAAAUUCGGACUCGUGAGACGAAGACCAUGCCCAAAAUUCAGAAGGUUUGCAAUUAGAGCCCGCCAAGAGAACAUGCCUGUAAAGGAAAAUCAUGGAAAGUAAAGUUAACAUGGAGCAAUUUAUAGAACUGAUCUUGGAAGACUAUAUGAUGGUCAACUGUUUUAUGACAUACAAUUAAUAAAAAGAAAAUGAAAAAGUGCUCGGUGUAUAGUGCAUUAGUCAAUAAAGUUAAGAAAAUUAAGACAAACAGAAACACAUUGUUUUAAAACAUUUUUAUACCUCUAACGUUUGAUUCUGAUCGUCAUCGACAAUUUUCUCUCCACUGUCCUUUGACAUGGAAACCGGGAAACAAAUUGCUACUCCCUGACUGAUUUUCGGGCUUAUUGAAACAAUUCAAGCCCCCUCCCCUGACUUUUGAUUGUGACACUCGCUGACGUAUUGUCCUUCUCUGACUUUUGAACUGUAUGGUUGGUAUUGAUCUUGAGAGUCAAAGACUAAUUGUAAUCACUCCCUAACUUUUAAAUCUGACAUUCACUUGGGUAUAGCUACUCCUAACAUCCAAAUGUUGUUGCAAACGGACAAAUUACUCGCCACUCUCUGGUGGACUUUAUCAGAAGCCGCUGCCAAAUUGUCACCCCUCUCCCCUUCGACUCGGACCAUCACUGAUAAAUUCAAGACCCCAGAGCUUCCUGAGACUCUUGCAUAGUACAGUGUAUACAGUGGUAUUUCCUUAUUCUCCCUGCUUCGAAAGUCGAUUUAUUUGGAGAGAAAGCCUUUAUAUAAUUAUUUACAGUGACUGUUGCGUGGCGACGAUGGCUUAAGUACUCACGUAACCUUUUGAAGCAGAUGUUCGGAUUUGGUCUCUCUCUUCCGUUCCGUCUGAAUCUAAAUAGUUUGCUCUCUUUUUCCUCAGCUUCUUGAAAAUUUUAUUCCCGAAAGCAGCAACUCAAUAAAUGCAACUCGAAAGUGCCUUUUUCGAAUGGCGAACACAACCGGAUUUAUUUAAGAAAUGAAUUCGAAUUUACCAUCGCAACGGUAAAACGACGAAUUGUUGUUCGAGUCUUUUUCCAUCUGAGAGAAUUUCAUGUAAGGGCGAAAGCAGAGGGCAAAAGGAAAUACAGAAAAGUCCUCAGUAUCAUUAUUGUAGUUGUUUUUAGGGCUUUUUUCUCUUCUUGGAAUUUUUUUGGCUUCUAUAUAGCUAGAGAUUUGAUGGGUCAGAGUGUCUUUUUCGUGGCGGUGGGCCUGCUUAAAGAUGAAAACUUUAAGGAAGAUGACUGAACCCAACAAUGCUGCCAUGAAAGUUGCGACUGUAAGGAAUAGUGAUUGAGACAAGAGAAUCAACAUGACGAUUGAUGCAUUCCAAGGUAUAAAAUAAGAGCUUUUGCGAGCAGCUUGUUACGUGUAAAGGAACAUUUUAUCGUCCCAUAUUGUUCACAGCUCAUUAUAACCAGGUGACAAACUGACGCGAACCAAAACAAAAUGAACGAGCUGGUAAACACUAAAUCAACUUUACAGAGGUCAGUCUUAUCUUUGCCUUGCAGCAGACAGAUCAGGCUUGGUUCCAAACAAGCGGGUUGAAGAAUCAGGCCAGUCAGUAAAUCAGUGAGUGCUAAGCAUGCCAACAAAAUUUUCGAGCGUGUUUGGAGCCGUUGUUUUGUUUUCACGAUCAAAAUAACCGACACAUUCAUAAAAACAGGUCAAAGGACAGGCAACGAGGCUGGGAACAACUGUUGUAGUGAGAAGGAUAUGUCAACCGCAUCAGGAGAGGAAGAUCGCGAAGAAUCAUGUCUGGGGAACAAGUUGUAUAAAAUGUUUUUAGUCCCCAUCGAAGAAGAUUCAUUCAUCUUCGCCUUGAAGUUGAGAUGGUCAGUUUUAGCCGAAUAUUCACCAAACUAAAAAGGGAAUGAGAAAUAAACAAAGAGAUUGCAAAUACUGAUUCGUAAAUUGAAAGGCGUUAAGCCUACUAAAAUGUCCGCGCGAAAACGACAUUUGAUUUCACCAGCAAUCAAGAGCGAUAACGAAUGAUAUAGAACUUCAGUUGGAAAAACUAAACAGAUUCUUCAUUCUUUCUGUAAGAGUUUGAAACAGACAGCUAUAUCUUAAAGGGAGAAUUCACAUCAAAUGGCGACCAUUCACGACCAAACUGUUUCAAAAUAUUCUCCAAAUCAAGUGACUAAGUAACCGACGGCUAAUUUUUGGUCGGUUUGAAAUCUGAAAGGUUUACUCAAACGAAUUCAAUUUUCAAAGGUGCACAGACUUAAGAGGCACUUAACAUGCCCUUGACAAGGACCGAUUCAAAAGGUAUGGAACUCCAUUUGGGAUUUUAGCACCAAGAAUAUUAAAAGAAAUGUGGCAACCUCUGUAGCUAUACUCAUCAGUGAAAGCCUCAAACGAAACGAAUGGAACUUGGCAAAAACCCUCAGCCUGUUUUUAAAAAAAUCAAGCACUUAGAGCUUGACGCUUAUCAGAAGUAGAUUUUCUUGGGAAUAUUUUAUUAGCUAACAGCUUUUUUCUCGCUUUAUGGAAAUAAGCAGCUAAUGGGUUGGUUUUCAGUUAAUAGCAAAUGGAAAUUUGUUUCUAAUCUCGCAAAUUAGCCCCGUUUUAAUGAUUAUAUCGGAUUGUUCGACAUAUCUAUAAAUAGCGUUUCGAAUACACAUGAAAACUGAAUUUCUUGCAAUAAUUCCUCACCUUAAAUAUCUAAUCCACGUGGAAGAGAGCCGCAGAGUUAAAAAAACAUGGCGGCAGAGCUGAGUUUGCCUUUAAUCUUUGUAAAAUAAAACCCACAUUUUCUGUGAUUGUUGAGAAAAAACGAAGCCAGUGUAGUAUCAGAAGUAUCGCAUAGUGAUGAUAUGUUUCGCUUCGAGUCACCUACUAUUGUCUGUGAAUAUAGUGAUACCUCACUGUGAAAUCGAAGGUAAAUAAAUUUGAAUGUUGACCAAGUUGCCUGACAGAACAUGGAGAUGAAGCUGUAUUUGUUUGUCCGCUAAAAAAAACUUUGCAUUAUAACUGAAAGCUGAUAUACACUGCACCAAGAGUAUAUUACACUGAAAGUAUAAUCGCUUCGUUUCAAGGCAGCAAGGAUCAAAGACAGCUUUUGAUAAACUGAAACAGUUGUUGCGCUAGAAUUAAACAGCGGAAGAAGACAGACUCAUUCCAACUUUUCUUUGAACGACUUUGGAACACAAAAUUAGAAUUCCUUUUGCAACAGUUCGGAAAAUGCGGAUUACUAACUUUCAGUUUGAAUUAAUCAUGCACUUGAAAGAAAUCGAAGAUUAGACUUUUACAAAACAAGCUUGGUUUCGAUUGGUUUCAAUUCUAGGAGUGAUAAAAAGAAGAAAUAAUAUGCCGCCAAAAUGCUAAGUUUGUCUUUGACAAGUGUAAGGAUCUAAGUUCAGUUUUCAUUUGGGGACAAACUUGCUAUAGGACUAAACAUGAAAAAGAUUUCCCUUCCUCAUGCUCUACCAAAUCACACAUUUAAAGCAUUGUUUUCAACUUUAUUGCCUUUUGUAAUUUGUUCUUCCCAACUUAAUUUUUCAAACGCUUUGGUCACGGAGGCUCGUCGAAAUAAAGCGACUACUUCAAGGAAGCCUUGACUUUUGUUACCGCUAAGCUUUCCUUUACGUUCAUUUUAUUUAUUUAUUUAUUUAUUUUUCAUCAUCGUAAUUAUAACUUUUGGGAACAGAUUCCUAAUGUGGCAAAACUGACAUGAAAUACUUUCAACCGCUGUCAAGAGCAGUCGAUAUUUUCUUGACGUUGUAUGAUGUAAUGACUUCACCGGCCCUCUUAAAAAAAACACCCAACCGAAAUAAAAGCAAACUUAGUCCAGUCGCAAAUAUUUUGAAGUCACCGGCUCUCAACCAAUAAAAGAAGGGAUUUAACAAUUCAUCCCUGUUCAUCAAGCGGCACGCUGAUUGAAUAUUUUGGUGGGUAAUUACAAAUCUUAUUUCCACAAGAUAAGUUGUCUCUCCAAAUGCAACUGCUAACAAGGUUUACAUGCGAUCCGUUUUAACUAUUUUUAUUAUUAUUUUUUUCUCCAUCUCUGUUGUAAUAUAUUUCUAGAAAUUACAAGUAUAGAAGGUCAUUAGUAAAAAAUAUGUCUAAGAAAAAGAAAAUACAAUGCAAAAGUGACAUUUUUAUCAUUAAAUUUCAAUAAACAAGUAAAAACCUAUCUUUACAUUCACAUCAGCAGCAAAAAUUCUCCAAAUUUAGAAGUAUCUACCAAAGCAAGAGGGCUCGUGAAAAUCAAUGACCAAUUCGACAAGCCCCGACUUUUGAUGACGCAAAGCUUUCCUUUGCGUUCAUUUUAACUUAAGUCUCAUCAUUAUAACACAUUUUGCAACAGAUGCCUAAAGUGGCAAAACUCGCACGCAAUGCUUUUAAACUCUUUUAAUUUCAUGAUUUAUUGACCUCUCCGGCUCUCUCAACAAUGACACCCAGUUGAAUUAUGCCGAAUUCUCUCAAAUGAAAGCAAACUCGGUUCAAUCGUUAAACUUUUGAAGUCACCCGCUCUCCAAAAAUAAAAGAGCGGAUGUUACAUAGUCAUUUCUGUUCAUCUGACGGCUAGGUGAGCUGAAAAUUUCAUCGGGUAAUUGAACCACUCACUUCUAUUUUACAAAUAAAUGUAGGUACCAUCCUGAGUCUUUUCAGCGAUACGUGGAUUGUUUAGGGGGCAUAUUGAAAUUUUGGCCCAUUUAAAGGUGGACUGACAAUUGAAAGAGAUCCAAAACGAACUUUGGCCCUUUUCGAAGUUAAUCAAGAAGCGGGGACAUCAACUGAGGGACGGCAUAUCGAAAAUGAAUUACUCUUCCUCUGUUGGCUUUGGAAACAAUUGCAACAGCUCAUUAGUUCCUCAAACCAUUCUUCGGCGAUAUGAUUUUUCUUCCGAACUUACUCGCAACUUUCUCAUCGCAGCAGCCGUUCUGAGUUUCGUUGCUUGUCCUUUGACCUGCUUUUUUAACGGAUUAGUCAUUUUAGCCGUGAAGGUAAAAAGAAGACUUCAAACACACUCAAACAUCAUGCUGGCGUGUUUCGCACUCACUAAUGUACUGAAUGGCGUGCUGGUUCAACCCCUGAAUGCAACUCUGGCGAUUUUUCUGCUUCAAGGUAAAGAUUUCCACGAAGUGUGCGAAGUUAAUUUGGCGUUUAGCUUCUCUUUUAUGGAAGUUAGCUUGAUAUCUAUGUGCCACUUGAUUCUGAUCAGUGGAGAACGCUACCUCACCAUAAAGUACUCUCUUAGACACAACGAGGUGCUCACAAAUACCAGAGUUAUAGUUUCAUCGUUUCUUACCUGGAUCACAGCAGUCAUUCUCUAUUUCAUUUUGCCAAACACUAUGAUGACUUUCGCCAUUUUAGAGAUCAUAGUGUUUUCUUCGAUUGUUAUACUUCAGGUUCUGGUCUAUAAACAGGCCCGUCGUCACGAAAAAAGUAUUCUUACCCACCAAGUUUCUAUGGAAGCAAAAGCUAAAUUUAAAAGAGAGAAGAAAGCUUUAAAAUCAACUACCCUUUUAAUUGUGAUCGUUAUACUCUUUUUCCUGGUCUCAUUUACUUUCCUUAAUUUCACGUGGUAUAUAUUCGAGAAAAGAUUCUCGGAUGAAGUUAAGAUGUCCGCUCGUCAAUUUUGUCUCGGGAUAGUGACUCUUAAUUCCGUUGUCAAUCCAAUUAUUUACACAGUUCGAAAUAGACAUUUUAGAGUUGCUUUUAUCGAGAUGUUGUUGGGAAAAACUCUUCAAGAAGCUGAAGAAAAUGAGAGGAAAUUGUUUAGAUUUAGACAAAGAGUCAUGGCUGUGAGACUUGAAGCUAGACAAGAAAGAAGAGUGAAUAAAGGAUGUAAUCAAAUCCAACCAGAUGAUGCAAGGGAUCCAGAGGAA